AUUUUGCAACGGUAAGAUUCAAAUAAUGGAGCCAUGAUCAAACCAUCUUCUUUGCUCAACUCCACCAAGACCUUCAACUCUCUCAUCAACCAUCUCUCAUCUCAUGGAGCCCACCACCAAGUCCUCUCCACAUUCUCCUCCAUGCUCGCCAACCGCUUCCUCCCCGACGCUUUCACUUUCCCUAGUCUCCUCAGAGCCUGCGCUUCCCUUCGUUUCCUUUCCUUCGGUCUCUCGCUUCACCAGCAGGUUCUCGUCAAUGGGUUAUCUUCAGAUUCCUACACAUCUUCUUCACUCGUCAAUCUCUACGCAAAGUUUGGAGCUUUGGAUCAUGCUCGGAAAGUGUUCGACGAAAUGCGUGAGAGAGAUGUGGUGCACUGGACUGCGAUUAUCGGGUGUUACUCACGCGCCGGGUUCGUUGGAGAAGCCUUCUCUUUGGUUAACGAGAUGAGAUUUGAAGGGAUUAAACCGGGUCCGGUUACGUUGCUGGAGAUGCUGAGUGGUGUAAAGGAGAUUACGGAGUUAAAGUGUUUACACGCGUUUGCUUUGGUUCAUGGGUUUGGUUGUGAUGUAACUGUGACGAACUCUGUCUUGAAUCUGUACUGUAAGUGCGAUUGUGUCGUAGAUGCUAAGGUUUUGUUUGACCAGAUGGAGCAGCGAGACAUGGUUUCAUGGAACACAAUGGUCUCAGGAUUUGCUUCUGUUGGUGAUAUGUCUGAAAUCUUGAAGCUUUUGUGUAGAAUGAGGGAUGUUGGUUUAAGACCUGAUCACCAGACGUUUGGAGCCUCACUUUCCGUGAGUGGAGCAAUGAGUGAUAUUGACUUGGGGAGAACGUUACACUGCCAAGUUGUGAAAACUGGUUUCGAUGUAGACACGCAUCUCAGGACGGCGUUGAUGACAAUGUACCUAAAGUGCGGAGAGGAGGAAGCUUCGUUUGGAGUUCUCGAAACGAUUCCUGAAAAGGAUGUUGUUUGCUGGACGGUUAUGAUAUCAGGGCUUGUGAGGUUGGGUAAAGCUGAGAAAGCUAUGAAUGUUUUUUCAGAAAUGUUACAUUCAGGAACAGAGCUAUCGAGUGAAGCAAUAGCUAGUGUUGUAGCAGCUUGUGCACAGUUAGGUUCUCUUGUUCUUGGCGCAUCAGUCCAUGGUUAUGUACUGAGGCAGGGAUAUAGACUAGACACUCUUGCGUUAAACUCGCUUAUUACAAUGUACGCAAAGUGCGGUCGUUUGGACAAAAGCUUAGCUCUUUUUGAACUGAUGAAUGAAAGAGACUUAGUUUCUUGGAAUGCAAUCAUCUCCGGACAUGCCCAGAACGGAGAUUUGAGCAAUGCGUUGUUGUUUUUUACAGAAAUGAAGUUCGCAACCGCGCAUGGAGUUGAUGCGUUGACGGCUGUUUCCCUUUUACAAGCUUGUUCAUCCGCUGGAGCUCUAAGGAUAGGGAGACUGGUCCACUGCGUUGUAAUCCGAAGCUUGGUCCGGACCUGUACAUUCAUUGAUACCGCACUAGUUGAUAUGUACUUGAAAUGCGGCUACUUAGAAGUUGCAAAGAGAUGUUUUGAUUCGAUCUCGAGGAAAGAUUUGGUUUCUUGGGGCACACUCAUUGCAGGGUAUGGUUUUCACGGUGAAGGGGAGGCUGCUAUGAAAGUCUACUCAGAGUUUCUUCUCUCUGGAAUGGAGCCGAACCACUUGAUUUUUCUAGCGGUUCUCUCGUCUUGCAGCCAUAACGGAAUGGUUCAGCACGGCUUGGAGACGUUCACUUCAAUGGUUAGAGACUUUGGUGUUGAACCGAAUCACGAACACCUCGCUUGCGUGGUUGAUCUUCUAUGCCGAGCCAAAAGAGUAGAAGAGGCGUUUAAGUUCUACAACGAGAAUUUUACAAAGCCAUCGAUCGAUGUCUUGGGUAUAAUACUUGAUGCUUGUCGUGCAAAUGGAGAAACAGAGGUGGAAAAUGUAGUUUGUCGGGAUAUGAUUGAGUUGAAGCCGGUAGACGCUGGGCAUUACGUCAGGCUUGCACAUUCUUUCGCCGCCAUGAGGAGAUGGGAGGAUGUGAGUGAGUCGUGGAAGCAGAUGAAGUCUCUCGGCUUGAAAAAGCUCCCCGGAUGGAGCAAAAUCGUGAUGAAUGGGAGAACCACAACGUUCUUCAUGAGCCAUAGUUCGCAUUCAGAUGAGACUGCGUCUGUGUUGAAGCUUCUUAGCAAGGAAAUGAAGCAAAUCAAAUAAUGCAACUGUAAUUACAUAUAGAUUAUGUAAUUACAUACAUAUCCUUUAUAGUUGCUAAAAAUAGGAUC